CAGAUAAAAACAGUUCCGUAAUUGGAUACAAACAUUACCUCUACCGAUAACAGGACGAAGCAUUCGAGUAUACAUAUCAUCAGCAGCUUGAAUCAUCAGCUUACGUUCUGUUCGUUGUGCAGCAGUCAACGCUUGGAGCCGGAGUUCGGACUACGAAGUCAAGCAGAUCGCGGUCAUCAAAACCGUAGACUCUCCCACUUUCCUCGUCGAUAAAUACUUAACACCAGGAAGCCCGAACGAGACUUGUUCUAAUUACCUGGUCAUACUGCUGGACGCAUAACCUCGCCUGGAGCUCUUCCCGACGAUACCCACCUUUCUCCGCCCGUCAUGGUCUCCAAAAUUCCUAAUGAUAUCUUCCAAUUCAGUACAGCCAGUGCCUUGAUGGCCGGUCUCGCUCACAACGGUCCUUCCUGCGGUCAACUUCCAGGAUAUGGCUCCCACGGCAUUGGUACAUUUGGCCGCAUGAAUGGCGAACUCCUCUUCCUCGACGGCAAGCCCUGGCAAAUGCUUCCCUCUGGAAAAGUCCAACCCGCACCGCCAGAGACAUCUCUCCCUUUCGUCCAAGUCACAAAAUUCAUCCCAGAAUUCGAAGCCAGGACUCCACGACUCAAGAAAAACGGACUGCUGGAUUUGUUUGAAAAGGCUGGACCCGGCGCAGGAGGCAAAAACUCAUUCGUACCGUUUGUUGUCAAAGGCCAAUUCAAGUCGCUACAUUUGAGAAUAGCUGGACCGCAACAACACCCUGAUCAAGAUCUUGCAGAAGUUGCGGCAAACGCGAAGAAGUGGACUUUGGAGGAUGUCAAGGGUACAAUGUUUGGCAUUGUCAGUCCGGAGUGGAUGCAAGGUGUCAGCAUCGGUGGUGUACACUGCCACUUUAUGACCGAGCCUGAGCAAGGAAAGGAUGCUGAAGGUGGUCAUGUUUUGGAUUUCGAGACUGGUGAUGAGGCAGACCUGCAGUGGUCCGUCACCGGACGGUACCAUCUCGGUUUCCCAAGAGAUGAGCAAUGGGAGUCUCUUGAUCUUACAGCGGACAUCACUGGUCUCAAUAAGGCUGAGGGAUGAGACAAUGAUGCAUGAACCUCGUACGAAAUGAUAUAUUCUGGCAUCCACGAACAUCCUCGAUCGAAUAAGCGAAAACAAAAGAAUUGGCUACGCUAAGUACGACGCACAAUGACAUACACUCGACUAGUCGUAUUAGAACUUUGUGCCUGACUUCUUCCUUCUGCUGUCCUUUUCAGCCCAACACAUUUUGAGCAGCCCGUACCACAUUUCCAAACCCAUCGGGAGCAAUAGCUCUGCUUCAAAUACGAGAGCUCCGAUCACCGAGGCGACACAUCUUGAAACGAAGGUAAUGAUACUAAAGUCCUUCCUUGCUCCUAUCUCUUGUGCACCGAAGAAUACAUCGAUGUUGUCGAUAAUCUGCCAGAAUGUAACGAUUGUGCCU